AUGGCAAAAAGAAAUCGAUCAGCUUCACCUUCCAACACUCCACGUACUCAGCGAGCUAAACGUCGAUUAGCAAGGGCAUCCCCGCCCACAGCACCCCCGCCCACAGCACCCCCGCCCACAGCACCCCCGCCCACAGCACCCCGCUCACUGCAUCCCGCCCACAGUACCCCGCGGACUGUCAACACUCUCCACAGACACUGCAGACUCACUGACCAGCUUGGAGAAAGACGCCCGAGUUAG